GUGCGGCGGCUGUAUAAGUACGAGCCGUGGAAUAAAAUAUCGCUGAUCAGUUUGUUGCCGGUGUUGUCGUCAUUUUAACAUUAUGGCGUAUACAGAAAUAUUGCUGAUAUGCUUGGCGUUCACGGCGCUGUGUGCGGCACAAGAGGACGUGCGGGAUGAAGGAGCGAUUAUUGUCUAUUCACACCGGCUUAUCCGACCUAACUCCGAUUAUGAAAUCAUCGCACAGUCAUUUCAGCGGGAAUUCGACGCGGAUGUGGAUGCCGUCAUCACGACGCCCACGGGGUCCGUUCGCAGUCCGACGGUGUUGCUGGGAAAGGGGGAUCAGAAACGUUUGAAGCUCAAGAUCCCCAGUUUGCCGGCAACCGGCGCUGUUAAAUUGAACGUCACCGUUACGUACAAAAAUGCCGACAAAAAUGCCGAUAGUGACGGCCAUCAAACGAUAAAAAGUUCGGAAAAGAACCUACAGCCGAUGCCCAGUGAUGACAUCAUCCUGAUUCAGCUGGACAAACCCAUGUACAAAGCCGCCGACGCCGUCCGGUUCCGGGCGUUGAUACUGGAUCAGAAUCUCCGGUUAUCAGCUAGCGUCAAGACAAUUACGGCUGUUCUCAAGGAUAUGAAUGGAGAAAGUGUGGAGACAAAACCCGACAUUUCCUACGCAAAUGCCAACAGUCCCGGCUAUUUUGAGGGCACCUUCCAACCGUUGCCGUUUGAGCCGGAGUACGGCAACUGGAGCGUCGAGAUUGUGACAAAGAAUCAGAGUGCUUCGAAAACACUACAAGUGACCAAUUAUCGCUUACCUCGUUUCGCAAUAUACUUCAAUACCCCUGAGUGGAUUACAAAGGACGAUCCCACACUUCCGCUGAGCGUUACUGUCAGAGAUCAAACAGGAAACCCGGUAGUUGGUUCAGUGGAUAUUGUUAUAAAAGAUCCAUCCACAUCUGAAGAUAAAGUGCUGCCAACACAGGCAACGGAAAUGACCAGUGCCAGCCAAACUCACAGCUACAAACUCAACCAUCCCGCGCUGCAGAAAAAAUUCUGCCAAGAGAACAAAGACGGCUACAUCACCGUAGUGGCCAGCGCCAAAGAGCGCUUGACCAAUAAAAUCGAAAAAGCGGAAAAGCGAAUUCCUUACCACUGUGCGCCCUUCGCGAUCACGAUGGGCUCACCGUCGGAUACCUUCCGCGCCGGUCUGGUGACCAGCAUCACCAUCCGCAUUGCCAACCACAAUGGCACGCCCCAUCCCGCCGCUCUGCGGGCCGCCGACUUCACCGCCACGGAAGUGGCACUCAUUGACCACGGCCUGGUGGAGAAAACCCUAGAGAUCACCGAUAAGAAAGUGGAUGUGGAAAAGGGCGUGGUGCUGCUGCAGUUGCGCUGUUCCUCACAGACGGAGAAGCUGCUCAUUACGGUGAAGGUCAAGGACGUGACCAAGGUCGUGGAUGUGCCCCGCCGGCCCAGUAACACCGUCGGCGCCGCCCACAUUCGCGUCUUCGGCACGAAGAAGUACCGGGUGGGCGAUUACGUGCAGUUUAUGCUGGAGUGUAAUCAGGACUGCAAAACGAUGUAUUAUGCGGUUGUCUCCGGAAAAGGUGUGGCAAUAGCGACAUCUGCCAAGAUGACGGACGAACAGAGCGGUCGUCUCAAUUUCCAAGUAACGGCGGACAUGGCACCGUCAUCUACGAUCAUCGGCUACUACAGCGGUUCACAGGGAGUGGCUACAGACAGUGCGGAGAUCACCGUGGAGCAGACUUCACUUGUACAGGAUAUAAGCCUAAACGUCGGUCCCGAAGAUAAACGCCAGGACUACGUUGUCCCGGGACUAGGCAAAAAAGCUAAAAUCGAAGUAACCGCCGCUCCCAACUCGCUGGUGGGGCUGCUGGCCGUCGACAAGAAUCUCCUGCAGCUGGCUUCCGGUCACGAUUUGUCCGCGGAAGAGGUUGUUGAGAAGCUGUUGCGCACUGCGCCGCAAGUUCCUGAUGAAAAUCCGAGUGACGUCGAAGAAAUUCAGGCGGGCAAUCUCGUUGUUUCGGUUUUUGAGGUCGAUGGUUUCAUGCAAAAUUCCGCUCCUGAAGGACGACCGGCAUCAGCGGAACCUUUAUUGCGUAAAGACUUCCGCGACAGCUUCAUGUUCAUCACCAAACAAACUGACAAAACCGGGAAAUUAUCCCAUCUGGAAACCGUACCCGAUUCUAUUACGACGUGGGCGGUAACGGCCUUUGCCGUCAGCACUCAACAACCAAUCGGUCUGACAACUAAACCAAGUGAUCUGCGAGUUUAUCAGGAGCUGUACAUUCACAUGGACACUCCACAUUCGAUGAUCGAAAACGAGACCAACAUAGUCAACAUUACGCUCUUCAAUUUCCGCGCGCAAUCCUCAGCAGCAACCACCCUGGGUUUCCGCUACAUAGUCAAAACCAGCCAACCGCGCGACAAAGCCUUCAACGCAGAUCUGCAAAUAAAACAGCGCAACGCCUUUCAGUAUUUCCCCAUCCCACUGGGACCCUUUAAAAAGGGCGUGGUUACCGUCACCACCGAAGUGUUUGAACAAGGCGGCGGCGUGGUCGACCGUAUUCAGAAAAAAAUCCAAAUCCUCCAGCCAGGCGCUCCCGUGUUCAAAAUCUCUGAUGUAAUCACCCUCUCCUCGGAAACGCCCACCGUGACCAUUCCCGUUGAUAAGAGCAUCAUCCCGGCUAAUGUGGUUCCCAAUUCCAUUGGGGUUAAAUUGACGAUUUUUGGGGACAUGUGGGCGCCCGCCGUGAACCAAUUGACUCUGCCUGAUAUGAGCCGGGAAUUCGAGGGACUUAUCCGAAUUCCCACCGGAUGUGGUGAACAGACGAUGGCUAUACUGAUGCCCAAUGUGUUCUUAGCCAGAUAUUUAAGAAAGCUGGGAGGAAGCGCCUUAGGGACCAAUAAUCGCGAGAAGCGAUUAAAAGAAAAUAUGCACAAAGGGUUUCAGCGGCAAUCAAGCUUCCGGUUGAAGGAUGGAUCAUACAAUACGUUCGGACGAAAAGAGCAGCCCGGUUCAACAUGGCUAACAGCGUACGUCGUCCGGGGGAUGACUCUUGCCGGCGAAUUUGUCCGCGUGGAUCGAAACCAAAUUGAGAAGUCGCUGGCAUUCCUAGACACCAAACAGAACGCUGACGGAUCUUUCCGCGAAGACGGCAGCAUCAUUGACCGACCGCUGGCUGGCGCCAGUGCCGUUGGCAAGGGCGACAUUCUCACCGCCUUCGUUUUGCUUGCGUACCUGGAGAACGGUCGCACCACCGAUGUCACCAAUAAAGCCCGCCAGUACUUGGAACGAAAUUUUGACAAAUCAACAGACCCGUUUGCGCUGGGUUUGACGUGCUACGUGUUCAGCCGAUCGGGCAGCGCCAGAACCCAGGAAUGCAUUGCGAAGAUGAACAACAUGGCGAAAGAACCGUCGCAAGGGAAACGCUGCUGGCUGGACAAGAAAAGUCCGAAAGGUCACGAUCAGCAGUUCACAGCCAAGGAUGUGGAGACUACGUCUUAUGCGCUGUUGGCACUGUGUAACAGCAGUUUUACUGGGAAUUUAACUCCGGUUGUCGAUUGGUUGCUGUCACAGCGAAACGGCCACGGUGGCUUCAAGUCAACUCAGGACACCAUAGUCGCGUUGAAUGCGUUAAGCGAGCUGAAAACUGGUGGAUCAUCGCAGAAACUCAACUUGGAAGUUGUCGGCGUCAAGGGCGGCAAGUAUACCGUCAGCCAGGACAGUCUUGCACCGAAAAGCUACGAUUUGCCACUGACCACGGAUAAUGUGGUAAUCAGAGUCGCUGGGUCUGGCGUCGCUCGCUGCCAGGUGGAAUAUAAAUUUCAAGAGAGGAUGAAGACGAAAUCUUUGCCAACGGAUACACCAACUAAACCCACAACAACAACCACACCGAAACCUACCGGACCGCCAGUUAGCACCUUUGAGUUUAAUUUUACGUUGCGCUCAAAUGAUGCGGAGAAUAACAUACUGACAAUCGAACUUUGCCCGACUUACAUCGGUAACGUUGAAAGUGGGAUGGUAAUGAUCCAGAUCGACGCACUAACUGGCUACGAAUUCAAUCAAGAAGAUGUGGCCGCGCUCAAAGACCAAACGGAUGUGGACAAUGCGGUGUGCAGCAGCAAGUGCGAGUUGUAUAUUCGCAAGAUUGAUUCGGGAAAAGAGAUUUGCCUUAGUCUCAAUCUCGUUCGUCACAGCACCACCGAAGACCCCGCUCCACGCCCAGUUACUGUGUACCGCAUGUACGAGCCAAAUGUCAAGAAAUUAUUGGAAUAUUCACUCAAAGAUAUCAAAGAAUAGCGGGAAAACGUUGUGCUUUGUACAUGUUACAAACAUGGACUGACUAUAAAAUGCAUAAUUCGAACGCAAAUGCAAUGUCUUGAAGUGUUAAUACUUAAAAAUCUUGGCUGCUAUCGAAUUUCAAUGGCACAAUAGUGGGUAAAAAACUGCUUAUUUUCUCCUGACCAUAAACCACUCGUUUUUCG